CUACAACACACUUCAACUGCUCAUCACCCCUCAUCCACCUUCCUCUCCCUCACCUUCUCUCUCCAUUGGCCAUUGAUGCUUCUCGCUCGUCCACUGUCUACUUCUCUUCUCCGCACAUUCGCCUUAACCCGUACAUCCACAUCCACCCUCACCCGCCAAUUCUCCCGUUCCGCUCAAGUCAUGGCGUCAAACACAAGAUCACAAGGCACCGAAUACAAAAUCAAAGGCCUCACCAGCAUCGACCUCAAGAAUGGCCAAAUGCAAGAGGUGGAAGUCGAGGGCAUCGAAGAAGGCAAGAUCCUGCUCGCCAAAAUCAAGGACGAAGUCCACGCUCUCGGGUCCAAGUGCACGCAUUACGGCGCUCCGCUGGCCAAAGGCAUCCUCACUCCCGACGGCAGAUUGACUUGCCCGUGGCACGGUGCUUGCUUCAGAGUGUCCACUGGUGACGUGGAGGAUGCCCCCGCGCUGGACCCCGUGGCCAAGUUCCAGGUCGUGGAGAGAGAUGGCGCGGUGUAUGUCAAGGGCGACGAGAGCACCAUCAAAGCCGCCCGCAAGUCGUUGAGCAUCAAGUGCCAGCCCAAGGGUCAAGAGCACGUUGUCAUUGUUGGGUCGGGCAGUGGUGCCGUGGGUGCCAUUGAGGGGUUGAGGAAGGAUGGCUUCACGGGGAAGAUCACUUGCGUCUCGCACGAAGGCACCCUGCCUUAUGAUCGCCCUAAGCUCUCCAAGGGCCUCAUGACCGACGCUUCGCAGAUUGCGUGGAGAAGUGCGGAGUUCUACAAAGAAGGAGGCGUGGAUAUGGCCAACGAUCAAGUGACUGAAGUAGACUUCAAGGCCAAGAAGGUGAAGACGAAGAGUGGCAAGGAACACAGCUACACAAAGCUCAUCCUCGCCUCCGGUGGGACGCCAAAUAUGUUGCCGCUCCCUGGUCUGAAGGGCGAUCUCAAGAACUGCUUCCCUCUGCGCACCGUCAAAGACGUCGCCGCCAUCAUGGAAGCUGCCGGUGAGGAUGGAGGCAAGAAGGUGGUGGUGGUUGGAAGCUCAUUCAUCGGCAUGGAGAUUGGCAACGCGCUCGCGGGCAAGAAACACCACGUCGACAUCAUCGGCAUGGAAAAGGAGCCCAUGGAGCGCGUGAUGGGCGAGAAGGUCGGCUCCAUCUUCCGCAAGCUGCUCGAGAAGAACGGCGUCAAGUUCCACAUGGGCGCGUCGGUCGAAAAGGGCAUCGAGUCCAAGUCCAAAUCCGGACACAUUGGAGCAGUCGCGCUCAAAGACGGCACCGAGCUCGAGGCGGAUCUGGUCGUCGAAGGCGUCGGCAUCCGCCCAGCCACCGACUACUUGAAAGACAACAGCGCCAUCUCGCUGGAGAAAGACGGCUCCAUCUCCACCGACGAAUCCUUCGCCGUCCACGGGCUGAAAGACGUCUACGCCAUCGGCGACAUCGCCACCUACCCCUACCACGGCCCCGGCGGCAACGGCAAACCCGUGCGCAUCGAGCACUGGAACGUCGCGCAGAACGCCGGGCGCAGCGUGGCACACACCAUCGCCAACCCAGGCAGCAAACCCAAGAGCUUCAUCCCCGUCUUCUGGUCGGCCGUCGGCUCGCAGCUGCGCUACUGCGGCCACACGCCCAACGGCUUCGACGACGUGGUCGUGCAGGGCACCACGGACGUCAGCGAGGGCAAGCAGAGCUGGGUCGCGUACUACACCAAGGGCGACGAGGUGCAGGCGGUGGCGAGCAUGAUGAAGGAUCCAUACAUGUCGCAGUCGGCGGCUUUGAUGCUUCGCGGCAAGAUGCCGGGCAAGAAGGAGCUGGAGAAGGGCGUGGACAUUAUGCAAAUCAGUGUGCCGGCCGAGACGAAGAUAUAAUUAUUACCUGACGGCGAGAUUUACAAUACAGGAAAAAAGG